AAUACUUCAACGCCUAGAUUCUACUUUUCCGAUUGAAGCGAAUGCUGCUAUAUUUGCAGCAGACAAGUUAUGCGCUAAAUCUGAAAAAUUUUCUGUCAUUUUAUGUGAUCAACUAGAAACAAAAUUUCAAUCUAGUGACCUACCGAUGGCAUUUAGAAUAAAAUUAAUACGUAUAUUACGGCAUAUGCAUUGGGAAAUAAGUCUGUCUCAUAAAUCAAGAAAUAUAUGCCUUCAAAUGCUUGAACAAAGUUCUGAUGGAAAAACGCAGUCAGCCAUCUUGAGAACGUUGACAUUAUUAUCUUGUCGUGCACUUGUUGACAGAUCUGAUCAAGUAGAGUUAUUGCUCGAGUAUGCAAUUAACGGUUCGGAUGAAUGUGUGAGAAGUAGUGUAUUGGUUGAUUUAUUGAAUUUAGCUAAAAAAGAUUCAAAUUUCAGUAUUUCACAUGCCUUGAGAUUAUUAAAUUUAAUAGUUAGCGCAUCAGAGCAAAUAAUCAAAGUUAAGGCACUACGUACAUUGACGGUCUUGAUUAAACGUGGAAGAUUACUCGCUGACCUUUUGUCACAAGGAUCAGAUCAAGACUUAUGCAUCGAAGCUCUUCAUUAUAUUCAAAAUUGUGAAGAUAUGAUUCACCAUAUUACUGGUGAAGUAAGCAUCGUUGCUGCUCAAUUUUGUACUGAACUUGUCAUAGAAACACGACGCAUUGUAUUGCAUACAAAUAUUUCAAUUUGGGAAGAAUGGAAUACAUACGUUGGAGAACUUUCUUCAAAAAUCCAAUCGUCAAUACUAUCGAUUAUUGUUGGAUUAAUGCAGAUUUCAGAUAUAAAUGCAUCAGAUCGUGAUAUUCGCAGGAAAAUCAUCAAAAAGUAUCUUAAAUUCCUUUUUUCAAUGAGUUUGUCAGAUGACACAAUGGCUUUAAAUGGGUCAAGAUCUAUUAUUAAAAUAAUAAAAGAAUAUAUUGUAACGAAAAAUGACGAUAUUCUUGCCGAAGUAUCUAAAUUUAUCUUAAUGGUUGGUAAACUUAGGAGAUCAAUAAUUCAAACGUUAAUGCAAGAUUUAAUGGCACUCCCCCCUGAAACUAGCGCAGAAGCAGAAAGUUUUCAACAAGAGAUCAUUGCAACAAUUAAAAAUUUCGGUCAAUCUGAUGGAAACACAGUUUGUAACAAUCAAUGGAACAUUUAUUUGAUUGGUGUUGAUGCUGGAAAAUCUGGAUGUUUUUCUGUCAUGGCGAGUAUUAUGCAAUUCUUUGUUACAUCCGUUGACGUAGACGCCUCAAGAUAUUGGUUGAGGGCUCUGAUUAAUAUCGCAACAGCAGAAAAAGGAAUA